CGGUAGUUGCUCUUACAGUUGGCACGCCAUCACCGAUUUAAAUUGUGUAUGUGACAAUAAAAUUUAAUUUCAAGCACGUAAUGCGGAUAAAAAUUAUUUUAAAAAUAUGUAGUUGUCGGUCUUUAAUUAUGUGUUAAAAAAAUUUAUAACCAUACUUACGUUUGGUGGUAGAAACAAAUAUUGUGCUGUGAACUAAUAUCUGAAAAACUAUCUUUAUAAUAUUUAAUGUGUGCAUAAAUUGUGGUCGAAAUUGAGGAUAAAGCACGUGCCGAGGACAGGAUGGCGGCAUCGCACAUCCUGAGCGCGGUAGAGCCGACGGUUGGCGGAGGCGGAACGCGCGGCGGCAGAGAACGCGAAGUUAACGUCGCGCUCGACGAUCGGGAGCUUUGGGUGCGCUUCCAGACCCUUACUAAUGAGAUGAUUGUCACGAAGAAUGGACGGCGCAUGUUUCCUGUAGUUAAAGUAACCGCUAGUGGUUUGGAUCCAACGGCAAUGUAUACAGUUUUGCUUGAGUUUGUUCAAGUUGACUCACAUCGGUGGAAAUAUGUUAACGGUGAAUGGGUACCUGGUGGUAAAGCAGAAGUACCACCGUCAAACGCUAUAUAUAUUCAUCCAGAAAGUCCAAAUUUUGGAGCCCAUUGGAUGAAGGAGCCUAUUUCUUUCGCGAAAGUUAAAUUAACCAAUAAAACUAAUGGAAAUGGUCAGAUCAUGUUGAAUUCUCUGCACAAAUAUGAACCUCGGGUUCAUCUGGUUAAAGUCGGUACUGAUUUACGGCGAAUCAUGACUUAUCCUUUUCCUGAGACACAAUUUAUCGCUGUCACUGCAUACCAGAAUGAAGAAGUGACGUCACUUAAAAUCAAAUAUAAUCCUUUUGCAAAAGCAUUCCUGGAUGCAAAAGAGAGACCGGAGGGAUAUUACCAGAGAGAUUUUGUAGGCACCCAUUAUCCUCAACAAAGUUCUUCGCCCCAUCAGUAUCCACAAUUUGGUGGAUGGUUUGUAGCGUCGCAGUCUUUGUAUGGAGGUAGUAAUACAGCGUCUCGGAGGCCAGCGCCGUACCCACCACGACCGCCUUCACGGCCACGGACACUAUCUCCUCCUUCUUCGUAUAGCAAUUCUGAGCGGACUUCUGUAGCGCCCUCAAAUAGUAGUAGCAGUUAUACAUGGCCAAGUAGCACUGGUUAUUGGAGCUCAACACAAGGAAACAGUUCACCGCAACCAAAUACAUCUCCUGGGCCGUACCGUACUCCGCCGCAUGGGUAUCCUGCUCCACUAGAAUAUGCACCUCCACCACCUACAAGCAACUCUGCGUCAACAUCUGCGCCGACGCCUUUAUAUCCUUUACAGUAUGAGACUCCUACUCAACAUCAUUCACCUUACUACCAACAUGCAUAUGCGCCGUAUGCCCAUCACGCUAUAGAAGAUAUAUCUUACUGGCCGAAUAGUUUGAACAGCUACGGAUAUCAACCAUCUGAAUAUGUCGGGACAGGAGAAGUGGCCUAUGGAACAGAGAGUAUGGCUUUCGGACCAGCGGGUCCUACUCUGGAGGCGUCUACUACUACCGAAGGCAGAACUUCUCCCGUACCGGAACACUCAUCAACUGAGAGAGAAUAUAAAUUUAGUACUGAAGAAGAACGUCAUUCUCCAUGUGAAGAAUCUGCAUUAGCACCUCGCUCUCCAGCUCAGUGAUAUAUCAUAAUAAUAUAGUUCAAUUUUUUCUCAAUUUAUAUCGGUAUUAAACAUCAAGUAUUAUUGGAGAGCAUUAUAGCUUAGUGGUAUACUAUCCGGACUUACAAACUAUAAAGGCCAUGAAUUAGAACGUGGAAGACACAUAAAAACUUUGUAUAUCAAUUUUAAUUUUCAUCUAAUUUUCCGGCUACUCUAAACAUCACCAAACCAAAUCAAAUUAAUUCAAGUGAAGUCGGUAUGCUCGCCAGCUUGUAUCGAAAUAUGCUCGGCCAAAUAUGAGCAAAACAAAUGUCAAGUGUUAUAUAUAUAUAUUACAAUGGGAAUAGUGUGGACAAAUUAUUUUGACUAACCUAUCAAACAUUACAGUCGUGAGCAUAUAUUUUUAUUUAUUUAAUAUGAGAUAUGACUAUAUUCUUUUUAAACUGGAUUAGCGAGCGAGCAAUAUUUUAUACAAUAGAUAAUACAUAUGAUUACAGAAAUGCUUAACUGUUCUUAUAUUUCUGUGGUACUUCCCUUCUGUGAAUAUAAAUAAAAAUGAGUUUUGAAUUGUCAUGUAAUUGUUCGACGGUAGACUUGGUUGUUCUUUGUAUUAAGAUAAAUAUAUAUAUAUAUUAAAACUUAUAUUAAUUUUAUGUAUGUUUAUAUAUAACUGGGAAAUGAUAUUGAAUUAUAAUGUUUGUUGUUUAAACUUUAUGAAAUCAUCUAUGUCAGGUCUUGAAUCUCUACACAUGUACGGCUCAAAUAUAAUACUUAUAGAGUGAGCAUUAUGUAUGUAUAUGAAAUUUGAAGAGUUCUAAAGUUAGCUGUUAUAUACUAUAAAAUUAAAAAAAAAAAACUUUUUAUAUAGUAUAUUAUACACCUAUGUAACAUAUUGACUUUACAUGACAUUUUUAAUGUAUAUUAUUAAGGGUAUCGGAAAAAGAACAUAAGAACUGUAGAAAAGUUAUGUCGAUUAGUAUUUACUUAUACACAUUUUAGGUUCAUAUUUUUAGAGAAGAAGUGGUAGAACAAUCGAAUAAUUCUUAUGAUACUAAUAUUAUAAAUGUGAAAGUGAGUUUGUUUGCCUGUUACCUUAUAGCACCUAAAUCGAACUUUAUGAUAUUUGGUAUAAACGGCCUACAUGGGAUGAACAACGAUAUAGGUUACUUUAAAUUCCAGUCAGUAUACCGGCCACGCGGACGAAGUCGCGGGUAAAACUACUAAGUAAUAAAUGUAAAAUUAAUUGUGCUAUACUUUUACCUAUGUAUACGUUUACUACUUAUAAAUGACGUGAUUAUUUACAUUGUUAUUUUUUUUUAUGUUAUGUGAGCUUAAUUUGAUCAUUAGAUUGAGUAUUUUAUAUUCUUCGUACCCGUAUACUGACCAGUUUUCAGUAAAAUGUAUAGAAUUAAGCAAAAUUAAGAUAUUCUGAGGUGCUUUGGUGUUAAUGAAAUUCUUGUUAAGUAUUUUUACAUGCACAUAGAUACUUGUUUCAAAAGUAGGAUAUUAAACUCCUCAGUUAUGUACAAGUACCAAUUACCUAGCUUAAUAUUUAAUUUCUUAAAUUAUAAUUUCAAUUGUUUAAAAAUAAGAAACUACCUAAAUAAAUAAAUAAAUAGUUAAUUAUAUUAGGUACUAUGUACCUAGUUCCUAUAGCAGCAGGAUUAGUAAGGCCUGUAAUUUUUAACAUUCAAAUUGAAAAAUACCUCCGAUAUUUCAUGAUUUGGGAUCUCGUGUUGACAGAGAAAGAUAUUUAUAAUUAACAACGUAACCUAGUUUUUCAUACAGUGCGAUACGCGUGGGUGUAUAUAUAAUAGUUAUUUUUUGUUUCAUUGAGAAAAUCAUGAAUGUCCGAAGUUUACAAUUUGUAAUGAAAAAAAUAUAAUAAGUGUCAGAUUUAAUGAACAUCUUCCACGAAAAGUAACGAGAACAUUCUUAAAAAAAAUAUUUAAUUUUUUAUUACAUAAAAUAACUAAUUUUGUUAUGAUCAACCAUAAUAAAAUUAGAAUAAAACCAAAAUUAAAGUAAAUUUUAAAUUAGAAAAACAAUUAUCACAAAAAUAUAGUUAACUCCAAGAAUUUCCAACAAUCUCUUUUUUAAGAUAAUGGAGGAUGAGGAUAAAAUUAUUUUGUGGCUUCACCUAGAAAUUUACUUACCCAUAAAUUUUAUUUUCUUAAGAGAAACAGCUGUUCCUUGUUUCUGUUUUUAGCGUUGUUUACGAUUUGGAUAUGCUCUCAUAUUUAUUUUUUAGAAACCAUUUGCACUAGGCUGUAUCACUAUAAUCCCUUAGUAUAAUCCUUAAAGUUGCCUGAGUCGUAAUUACCUAUCUACUUAUAUAUUAUAUCAAAUUUUUCCAGGUAAUAUAAUCAUUAUCUAUCUUUUUCAAUGAAAUAGUGGCAUGGUUUAAGCUGAAUUAGAUUAUUAUGAUGAUUGAGAAAAAACACAUAUUAGAGUUACAAGGAAUGGCUAUUAAUAACUGUAAAAUCUCAUCUCGGUAAGGGUAUUGGAACUAUUGAAAUUACGUUAAUAAUUUGAAAAGUUUGUUGUAUGUUAUUUUAAUAAACAAUGAAUGUACAUAAAUCAUACAAUGUUUAUAGGUGCUUAGUUACUUCAUUAAGCUAUAGUGAAUGGCUUUAAAGUAUUUUAUUGAGCUUCAACAAUAAAACAAUUUUUCUUGUU